AUGUGUGUGCAGCCGGGCGCGGGGCGUGGGGCGGGCGGCGGGGCGCUGCGGCCCGGGGGCGCGUACACCGUGCAGCUGACGGUGCAGCGGCUGCUGCCGGGCGGGGUGGGCCCGCCGCUCAGCUAUGACCUGCUGCCCCCGCUGCCCGCGCCAGUUGGAUUGAGGAACAGCUGCGGCGCAAGUAAACAGAGAGGAAUCUGCACACAGAGAAGGGAGACGGCUAGAUUGAAUGCCACAUCGCGGGCGACCUCGUCUCACACGGAGAAGAGGGGAACCCUACGUGGGCUGCCUAGUCUGACGUCAUGUCACGGCGUUGCGUGGCCCUUGAGAAAGACGAGAGCACCGACCUACACGUCAGCUUGUGAAGGUCUCUGGUAUCUCCCUCUUCAGGUAUCUCCCCCCAGCGGCGCACUGUUCCAACCGAUCUCCAGGCUCUGUAUGUGGGUAUGUAAGGGACAGAUCGCGCGCAAUCAGUAG